UUAUUUUGAAGAUGAAACUAUUCACCGUCUGUUGAAGUACAAACCCUGGUGGAUUAACGCCUACGAGUUGAUGAUGAACUCUCAAGAAAGCCGUUCUUGGAUUUCCUUUACAGAAGAUGAGAAAGAUCAGUUAAGAAAAUUCACUAACAGAACAUUCCUGCUUGAUAAAAGAACCAGUCAACAAGUAUAUCUGAGCUUAGUUGAUAUACUUUUAGCAUAUUGCUAUGAAGUCUAUGCCACUGAAGGAGAAAAUAAUGUUGAGUCACCAUGGAAUAUACGAAAGUUGAGUUCAACUUUAUGCUGGCUGGAGAGUUUUACUAACAUUUCGGAAGUUCUUAUAUCCUUUGGAAGAAGAGUUCUGUGCUACCCACUUUACAGACACUUCAGUUUAGUGAUACGAGCCUUGAAUGACACUAUAAUGAUAUUACAGUUAGGUAAAAGUGCCAUUUUGAAGUGUCUGCUAGAUAUUCACAAGAUUUUUCGGGAGAAUGAUCCUGCAUAUAUUCUUAAUGACCUUUACAUCACAGAUUACUGCAUUUGGAUUCAAAAAGCUAAGUCAAAGAAGUUGGCAGCCCUUGCCGAAUGCAUGCAGAAAGCAGGGCUUAGUAAGGAGAGAUUAGGUUUCGAAUUAGAUGAUCUGGAGAGAGCAGCACUUCUGGUACAAGAGGAAGAGGAAGAGUUAAAAGCUACUGACGCAGGCGAUUCUAAGCAGCAGCUGCUGCCUCUCUGCCAAGAAGCAGCGAGUGAGUCUGAGGACUCAAGCAGCACUUCAUCAUACGAGACAGGAGACUCUGAUUCGGAUGAACAAGAGUCCUCAGCCAGUGAAGAUGGGAAAAUAAAUCCUUUACAACGCACACUCCAAGAGGAGAGGACAGCCCCACUUAUUGACAAUAAUGGAUUAAGGCGAGACACAGGCACUUUGACACUGGAGGGUAGCAAUGAAAAAUCAAAGGCUUCUCUACAGUCUACAUCUGUUUCUGGAAAACUGAUAGAGGAAUUAGAAAAGCAAAUGCAGACAGCAGUAAGGCUGACGGAGCAGCCUACAGCUUCACCUUCUCCCAGAGGUGAGGGCCAGGACUGCAGCAGCAGCGCUUUGCAGGAGAUGGGGACCAAGUGCACCGCUCAGCCUCGAGGACAUUCACUGGAUCAUAAUUAAAAGGAACAUUUCUUGGAGGUGACUCCAAAGUUUUGGGGAUUGCAGAUGCAGCUUCUUAGACAAUAAUUAGGGAGAAUUGGUUAAUAUAUGGAAGCAAAAUAAGUAUUUUUUUAAAUAUGGGUGUCCUUCAUCAAAACCCUUCAUGAGAGAUGGGGACAAGGUUGUACUAAAUAUAUAAUAGUAAUCCCAUCUAAUUAAGUUCUGAUGCCUAGCCAUAAGAAGUUUCUGUAAGAUUUUCUGUAAUCUUACAUUACAUUAGUUUAACUGCAUUAGAAAAGUAUGAUUACACAUGGAAGGAGGUUACUGGUUUCUAAAAAAAGGAUGCUUAAAUAUGUUUGUAUUUUAAAACGAAUUUCAUUAGCAGCUUUUGAAAUGUUAUUCAGUAUUAAUAUCUUGUUUAUUUGCUUCUAAAUAUUUUGAGGUGCCUGUGCCUGAGUAGAACAAGUAGAAAACCUUGUAGAUUCCAGGUACUUGCAAGUAGUAACUCUGACUUUCAAGAUGAUUUGUACAUGCAGCAUAUUCAUUACCUGUGCAGACUGAUGGCACUAAUAUUUCCCAGUACUGAAUUCUGUGGAAUUUACUGAGGCUUACUGGCAGGCACUAACAGGGAAGAAAUUGGGUCAAUUAAGAUUUUACAGUGAACCUACCUAAUUUUCAAUUCUUUAAACAAUACACAAAUUGGAAUCCAGCUGUCCCUCAAUAUUUAUCUUUAUGCAAAUUAUGCAAUGCAAUUUUCCUAUCAAAAAAUUGAAUAUAAAUGCAUAAAUUAGGUUGGUUGUGUUUGUGUGUAUAUGCUUAGAUAUAUCAUAAAUUCUGCAUGACAUAUAUCAAAAGACUGUAUUGUGGUCAUUAACCAGCACAGAGGAAAUCAAUACAUGAAUAUCCGAAGCUGAAUCAACAAUAUCAGAAUAGUUAGGAGAAAUACAUAUAAAGAAUUUUGACUAAAAACAAUAUUAAAAACAGCUAAGAUACUUGUUCUAGCUACACAUGUGUGACAAAAGAGAAAAGGGAUUAGCAUAUAUUCACUUUGGACAUAUAGUAAAAAAAAAAAAUCCAUAUUACCUUGUGUAUAUUAGGAUAAAUGAGAAUUUAAAUACAAAUAAAUUCGUACCAAUUUUUGCUAAAAAGGCAAUAAUGCAAAAAUAAGAUUAACAAACUUAAAAACUGGGGUGGUGGGAAAUCAAAACUCAUAGAAACCAAAACUGAUAGGUUUCUAUCCAUCAAAAUGCUUAUUUGUGAAAUGUGACUAAAUUUAGCUAUGUUAUUUUAGAGUAUACAACAUACAUUUCAUUUCUGAUUAUUAAACAUUUGAUUGCAGAUUAUCUGUAUGCUACUGGUCUGUGGCUCAGCUGGAUAAAAUAUGAUUCACUGGUUAGAAUGCAGGUCUGAAAUGUAGGGAAUGUCCCUUAGUUGUAAUUAUGCCUGUGGCUUAACAAAAGAUGAACUGUGACUGAAGAGCAGAGAUCAGCAUUUUUCAUUUAAGGUUAUAUGCCCCAAUCAUGUGUUCUUCACCUCAUUAUGCUACUAAUAGGCAAAGCUGCAUUUUUUCAUUUGCAUCCAGGAGGUACAAUAGACACAUCCAUUAUCAUGGGUAUAAUUUGGCAUCCUGAACUAUAAGGAACUGUUUCGUAUUAUUUGAAUUCUUUCACAAUGUCUUUCCACAGUGAUUAGUGAUAAUAUAAUAAACUGCGCAGAAAAUACACCUAAAACACCCACUUGGUUAACAUGUCUAGUUUGUGCAAAUUUGAAAAUAAAACUGAGGAGGUAUCAUGUAUACUACUGCCCAAGCACUGGAAAUCAUAUGGCAAAAGGUAAGUGGCCCAUUAUUCACUUUCAGCCUGCCAUUUGCCUGUGGCAGGCAAUGAAGUGUGCUUGCUCCCUGAGAAUUGACUGUUAUGUUGAUGAAAAUGGAUCUCCUUAUUCUAUCCUUUUUCCUACAUCAGCAAAAUUGUUACCUCAGUCUGACUUUGUUGUGACUUUAGAUGUUGACUUUUUCACCCGCUCUCCCAAUAUUUAGGAAUGUCCACUCCUCAAAGAGAACAAUGGCUUUCACUUUAAGUGUUAGAAAUAUAUAAAACUUCAGAGUUCGUUUCUGUCUGAAUUAUUCUUUAGGCAUGGCAUAAGGCUGCCUCUGAAAAUAGCAUAUUAUGCUCAAGUGUUUCCUUAAAAUAACAACACCUGAAUGUGCUUCUCUACAAUAAUUAGUAACAAUUAUGCCAUGACAUCAUAAUAACACUCCUUCCAUAUAAGCCCCAAAAUAGGUUUAACAAAAAUAUUUUAAAAAAGAGCACACACAUCAGAAUCCCUUCAAAAUCCCAUUAAAUCUCAUUCCUACUUGUGUGUGGCUUUUACCCCAGCCUCCAAUGUUAACUA